AUGCAACCUGAAGAGAAGCAAACAGCUCCGCAGAUCAAAAUCCGGCCACGACCGGCUUCACCUGCGAAGCGCGAGAGCGAUGGGUCUGAGAAGGCAAGACCGAAACCCGCUAAGGAGCCCGACAGUUUAGAAGUGUGGCAAGACCGGAGCCUACGCUCCAUCUUCAGGGUUUCGUUGAAGCCGGAGGAAGUGCGAGACUUGCAUGGCCAUCACCUUGUCUUCCUUGCUAGCACCAGAGAGGACCUUGUGGAGUCGAAGGCGCCGUUGCAGCUCAAUGUGGAUGCCCUGGAGGGAGCGAUCACAGAGGCAGCCAGCCACGCACCUGGUGGCAAGCCGUUCGAGUACCUACUGUCGUGCUUCAAGCGCGUUUCGAAGAUGAUUCGCAAUGCGAGGUACGAUGGUGAUGCUGAGGCUAGGCGUGACGUGCUGAGCGAGGCACGGCGUUUGUGCAUGAGUUACUGCAUCUUUGCUGUCACCAUGCCGGAAAUGUUUGGCGAGAACGUGCCUUCAACAAAUCCACUCGUCGAUCACCUCUUAGCCGUCCCCGAGUCUGACACAGGUAUCUGCACAGACUUCUUGGACGAGGCGACCGCUCGCAUGGACGAAGAUGACAGUAUCAAGGACGCACUUGUCGGAAGCGCUGAAGAGCUGAGUCACCGGCUUGCUACUCAAGAUAUGCUUGGCGCGUAUCAACCUUACAUGACUGGCCUUUACAACCUAGUACGUUUCAAGAAGAUCGCAGACGCAAUCACCCGCUCGCCGAGAUGGGCGCCGCCGGAUGUUGAGCCUCAAGACAUCGAGACCAAAACCAUAUUGGGACCCUUUUUCCGUCUAUCACCAAUGCAGCUAGAAGUUGCGCGCAGCUAUUUCUCUGCGCCGAAAACUAGAGACAGAGCAUUCAUAACAAACGCACAGAAUGCGAUUCGCUUGACGCUUCGAACACAUCAAAGCGAGCUCUUCCGAAUAGUAGACGUCAUCGUUAAGUCUGGACCUGAGCCGCGAGAGCGCAUGCUAGACUGGUUCGCAACAUGCGUCAACAAGAACCACAAGAAGCGUGCGAUGCGUGUCGACUACAGGACUGUGUCCAGCGAUGGGUUUGUGGUCAAUGUGACCAACGUACUUGACCAGCUAUGCAACCCUUUCAUGGACGCGAUGUUCGGUAAGAUCGAGAAGAUUGACGUAAAUUACUUGCGCAGAGCGCCGCGAGUGGACAUUAGCGAAGAGACCAAAAUCAACGCCGACCUCAAGACCGCCGAGACGUUCUUCGAGCACAAAGCAAGCGGCACGAGCAAUUUCAUCUCGGAGGUCUUCUUCCUUACCGUUGCUGCUCACCAUUAUGGCACAGAAGCUGCUCAAGAGAGAAUGUCAACUCUGCAAAAGACAGUCAAGCGCAUGGAGCAGGACCUGAAGACCUUCGAGGCAGAUAGACAGCGCUACGAGAGCGACCCAAGAUAUCUAGCACAGUUUGAGCGCCAGGUUGACAAUAUCAAGAAAAGCAUUGACGACAACUGGAGUACCAUCCAUGCAACGAACGGUGUGCUACUCGAUGAGGUCAGCCAAGCGCUGAGUAUGCAAUUCAUGCGUUAUGUGAUUGUAUGGCUACUGCGUCUGGCAUCCGGGAAGAACUUGCCCAAAGAGCAGCUAGAGCUGCCUCUUCCGGCUGAGCAACCUGAUGUCUUCAGGUGCCUGCCAGAGUAUUUUCUCGAGGACAUCGUCGACAACUUCAAGUUCAUCACCGGCAACAUCCCAGGUAUCAUAACACCACAGCAAUGUAAUGAAAUUGUGGAGAUUUGCAUCACCUUUCUGCGGAACACGGAGUACGUCUUCAACCCGGGAGUAAAGUCCGGGCUCGUCACGAUUCUUUUCUACGGCGUGCAGCCCUACUAUAACAAAGCUAGAGGCUUGCUAGGCGACGUGCUGAUAGGAUCGCCAUUCGCUCAGAAGCACUUGCUGCACGCUCUGAUGAGAUUCUACAUUGAGGCUGAGUCCACCGGCACGCAUAACCAGUUCUACGACAAGUUCAACAUCCGCUAUGAGAUUUUUCAAGUCAUCAAGUGUAUUUGGGUGAACACGAUGUAUCGGGAUAAUCUGGCGAAGGAGGCAAGCGUCAACACGGACUUCUUCGUGCAAUUUGUGAAUAUGGUCGUAAACGAUGUUACAUUCGUGCUGGACGAGAGCUUGACUGCUUUUAGAGAGAUCCACGACUUGAGCCGAGAGAUCGCAUCACCCACCUUUGCGGCGCUGAACGAGGAGCAGCGCAAAGAGAGGCAGGAGCUGCUGGACGAUAAGAAGGGCAAGGCGAAGAGCUUCAUGGGCCUCACUCGCGAGAGCAUGGAGACGCUCAAACUAUUCACCGAGACACUGCCGGAUGCCUUCACGAUGCCGGAGAUUGUCGGCCGUCUCGCGGCCAUGCUGGACUACAAUCUUGAGACCAUGGUCGGCAGCAAGCGCAAGAAUUUGGUGGUUGACAACCCGCAGGAAUACAAAUUCGAUCCGAAGGCGCUGCUCGGUGAUAUUGUCACGGUCUUUCUCAACCUUUCUGCCAAGCCGAACUUCAUCCAUGCUAUCGUUCACGAUGGCCGGUCGUACAAGCAGACCAACUUCGAUGCAGCGGCAGACAUCAUGCGCAAGCACGUCUAUAUGGCGCCGGAGGAUAUCAGGAAGUGGGAAGCGCUAGCGCAGCGUGUUGCCGAGACUGCGGCAGCGGAAGCGCAGGAGGAAGAGGACCUUGGAGAGCCGCCAGAAGAGUUCCUUGACCCGCUGAUGGCGGAGUUGAUGAUCGAUCCUGUCAUUCUGCCAGCCAGUAAGACGACUAUCGAUCGGUCUACCAUCCGCUCACAUCUGCUGAGCGAUCCAACGGACCCGUUCAAUCGUGCGCCGUUGAAGAUCGAGCAAGUGGUGCCCAAUGUGGAGCUGAAGCAGAAGAUUGACGAGUGGAAGGCGGAGAGGUUGGCUGCGAAGAGAGCAGAGAAGGCUGCUGCAACGGCGGCGACCGGUGAUGGCGAGCCGAUGGACACCAGUAGCGGCUAG